AUGGAUGUGAUGGUUUACACCAUGCACUUUUUAAUAGCCAAAAAAGUCACUCUAGCCCUUUUAUUUCCAUUAGCCACACCUGCUGCUGCGGCCCCUGCUCCCUCUCAGGCAAAGCCUAAAGAGGGCAAAACUAACCCCAAGCUGUCCUCUUCUCCUCACACCACCGCUCCUAAGCCAGUUCCUGCUGGACGCAGGAAACGCUCCUCUCUAUCUGCCUCCUCAAGCUCCCCUACCUCUCCUAAAUCUGCCUCUGGCGCUCGUGCUACCCCUCCAUGCUCCCCUUUGGCCUCUACUCCAGCUGACUGUCCUGUAGCUGGGAAAACUGAGCAGACUGCUCCCAGGGUGGUAAAGGCUGGCAAACAAGGGAAGCAACAGAAAGCAAAGAAUUUUAAACCUGCUGAACCUGAGCAAGCACCUCCCUCUGCCUCUAAGCCUGCUCAGGAUCCUGCACCAGUUGCAGCUCUGCCGUCUCUUGCUAUACCAGUACCAGAAGUAGCAAAAUCAGCAGGAGAUGGAAAUGCUUCCCCUGUCUCUCCCAAAAUUGCUGUGGCUCCUGUUGCCUUUAAAGUAACUUCUAAAUCUGCUGCCCCAGCACCAAAGUCAUUUACAGAAGCUGUGGCCGCCAGUCCACCCAAAGUGGCUGAAGCCCCCAAGGUUGCCCCUGAAGCUCCAAAAGUAGCAACCCCUGCUGUUUCAGAUGCCAAGACUCCUUUGCCUUCAAAAGCAGCUGCUAAGCCUGUCCCUGCCCAAGUGCCAAAUGUGAACACAGCCACUGCUGCUCCCCCAAAACCUGCUCCUGCAGCAUUUGAGGAUGAUGAUCUCCCACCUCUCUUACCACCUGAGAAUCCUUUUACAAUGCCUGCUUUCCCCCCUAUGCCACCUAGUAUAAUGCCCGUAGUUACCCCACCAGCUCCUAAAGCAGAACCUGUCUCUACCAGACAAGUUGAAUCUGCCCCUAAAGCAAAGGCUACUCCCAAAGCUAAGCCAGCUCCUAAGGCUGAACAGAAAGCAGCACCUGCCCCAAAAGUUGAGGCUGCACCUAAAAUUGACCCUACUCCUGCCCCUAAAGUUGCAGUCCGUUCUGUCCCUAAGACUGAGGCUGCUCCUACACCUAAAUCUCAGGCUGUCCCUAAGGUUGAGGCUGCUCCUGCAUCUAAAGAAAAGUCUUCCCCUAGCCCUAAAGCUGAGCCUGUUCCUGCCCCUAAAGCUGAGUUUGCUUCUGCCGCUAAAGUUAAGCCUGUUGCUGCUCCUAAAGCUGAGGCAGCGGCUGCUAAAGUUGAGGCUGUUCCUGCCCUUAAAGUUGAGGCUGUUCCUGCCCCUAAAGGCAAGCCUACCCCUAAAGCUGAGGCUGCUGUUCCUAAGGUUGAGUCUUCUGCCCCUAAAGUUGAGGCUGCCCCUAAAGUUAUGUCUGUUGCUGCUCCUAAAGCUGAGGCGGCGGCUGCUAAAGUUGAGGCUGUUCCUGCCCCUAAAGUUGAGGCUGCCCCUAAAGUUAAGCCUGUUGCUGCUCCUAAAGCUGAGGCGGCGGCUGCUAAAGUUGAGGCCGUUUCUGCCCUUAAAGUUGAGGCUGUUCCUGCUCCUAAAGUUGAGGCUGUUCCUGCUCCUAAAGUUGAGGCUGCCCCUGCUCCUAAAGUUGAGGCUGCUGCUGCUCCUAAAGUUGAGGCUGCUGUUCCUAAGGUUGAGUCUUGUGCUUCUAAAGUUGAGGCUGCCCCUAAAGUUAAGCCUGUUGCUGCUCCUAAAGCUGAGGCGGCGGCUGCUAAAGUUGAGGCUGUUUCUGCCCCUAAAGUUGAGCCUGCCCCUGCUUCCAAAGCUGAGGCUGCUCCUGCCCCUAAAGGCAAGCCUACCCCUAAAGCUGAGGCUGCUGCUCCUAAGGUUGAGUCUUCUGCCCCUAAAGAUGAGGCCGCCCGUAAAGUUAAGCCUGUUUCUGCCUCUAAAGUUGAGGCUGCAGCUUCUAAAGUUAAGUCCGCUCCGGCCCCUAAAGUUAAGCCUACCCCUGCUACUAAAGUUGAGGCUGCCCCUACCCCUAAAGCUGAACCUGUCCUUUUCACUAAAGUUGAGCCAGCCCCUGUUCCCAAACCAGUUAAAGCCCCAUCCAUACUGGAGCCAGUCAUCAAGAACGACAAGGGGUCUGGCAUUUUAAAUAGGUUGAUUCACUGUGCCUAA